AUGGCGCUCGGCAAUGCGGAUCUCCGAGCCAAAAUUGUGUGCAUUUCCGGAAAAGUGAGUGCGAUUCCGGAAACGAUUUCACAAAGGCGAUAUUGUAGAUUUGUCUGCUCGUGAGCGCCGUUCUUCACUUGUUGGUCGCGCUCGCCGUCAUUGUGAUUGUUGCGUUUACCUAGUACGCUCCCCAUUCAACACAAUGUAUCUCAGCUGUUUGUGGAGAUAUCGAAAAGGUGCCAACUGACAAAAUGCGCAAACAGUCUUGAUGAACAAUUUAUCAAUUGACAACUUUUUGAUAUCUCUUCGGGCAGCCGAGAUAUAUCGGUUUGAAUAAACAACCAAAUCGUUUUCAGUGGAAAGUACAAGGUCGCAUACAUUUUCGUCUAUGCCGCCCCCGCAGUUUUUGCGGUAAGACCCACCACCAUUCUAUGUACAAAAUCGAAUCAAAAUGAGAAAAAUUGCAGGUGUUCAGUGCAAUCGGAUCCGUCGUUCUGCUCUUUAUCCGCAAACAACUGAUGAUGCUCGUGUGCAUCUCGUGGCCCGCUAUUGUCUUUGCCGUUUGCGCCUUCUUCUACGGAUCCAUGGUCUUCGUGUUUGCGCGCGACGGACCGAAACUCGAAGUGGACGGCGUUUCGCACGAAUUUCCGGGUCAGUUGGUUUUCGAAGAUUUUGUAACCAACCGGAGGAGGGACCGACCACACUUUCAGCCGACGAUAUCGUUGCCCUGUUCAUGGGCGCUCUCAUCCUUCCGCUCGCCUGCCACUGCAUCUUUCUCCUCUCCUGUCUCGGGUCAGUUUUCCACAACCUUGACCUCACAUUUUCCGUUUUAGAUGCUGUAAAACGGACGUUGAUGGAGGUGCUCCGCUUCCGCCGACGCCGUCAAAACCCAAAAAGGGCAAGAAGGGAAAGCCGGACGGAUCGCAGAUGGGAUCGCCGUCCGCAACGCCCGUCGGAGAUGCACCAGUUGGAGGCAAUGAGCAAGGCGGAACGGUCGCAUAA